AUGUGUGAUCCAUACGCAGCAGCAAAACUGUAUCGGAAGACCUUCGAGGACGCAGAAGCGCUCUUCGACAGCGGCGAUAUAGCUGGCUGCAUAUCGGCAGCUAAGCACAACUUAACCGACACAACCCUCCCGUCGUACUACAUUAUCAGAAACUGCAUACUUCUUACGGGCGCUGUGGAUAACUGGGACGAUGGCAAUGAAUGGAGGCUCGCCGCGGAGAGCAUAUACAGUGAUGCGUUGAAACGAUCAACGGAAAAGAACGAUGCGAAAUCGCUCACCGUCCUACAAGGUCUCCGCAAGGAGCUUGACGUGUGGGCUAGGCAGCGAGAGCGGGAUUUCCAGGAAUACAUGCUUGAACAAGAGGGAGAGGACGACGACGAAGAGACGGACUCGGAAACAGAUGGAGUUGAGCUAGACGACACCGAGGAGGAGGCGGAGAUGGAAGCCAAGGGCGUUGAGUUGGGCGAGGGCAACGCGCUGCUGGGAGGUGGGGACACUCAACUUCUUCCGAUCCGCGGACACCAAGCUCCCACGGCAAGCCUCGUGGUUAAUCGAGAGGACAAGCGUGCUGCCAUUCUUGCAGCGACCGCCUUCCUUUUCGAAUGCCAGUCGCACAUACCGGAGCAUAUGCAAGGUCAGUAUACCCAGGCGGUCCUGGAACUUCAGGAAGCUGCCAUGCGCAGCAUCAACAGCAUGUCUUCCACAGCUUCCGCAGCUUAA